AUGGCAAUCAUAGAAAUCACCUCACUUUCUAUCUUCAUAAUAUGUAUUACAACCAUUUUUCUUCAAUCAACAACAACAACAGAAGCAGCAUCAUGUCAUGAAACUGAUAAAUCUGCUCUCCUCGAUUUCAAGAAUAAGAUCACUAAAGAUCCAUUGCGUCUUUUAGAAACAUGGAACCAAUCCACUGAUUGCUGUACCCAAUGGGAUGGUGUUGGUUGUGAUCAGUCUAAUGGUCGAGUCGUAAAUCUUAGUCGUCCUGGCGUAUUCACUGGCCCUGACGACUCGCCAUGGGAUACAGAGUUGUAUGGGACAAUUUCUCCAUCUUUGGGUAAUCUCGAAUUUCUUCAAAUUCUUAAUCUUGCUAGCCAAAAAUUUCUAACGGGACCUAUUCCUUCGGAACUCGGGAAAUUGUCGCACCUUACUAAUCUUUUGCUUAGCAGAAACAGACUCAACGGGACAAUCCCCACGUCGUUUCAAAAUCUCCGUAAUCUCAUUUUUCUUAGCUUAGAUAACAAUCUUUUAUCUGGUUCAGUUCCUGACUUUGUUUUCCAAGAUAUGACUUCUCUUAAUUCUCUCGGUUUAUCUGAAAAUCAAUUAUCCGGUGAAAUUCCAUCUUCAAUUGUGAAACUAGUUUCGUUGCAGAGACUGGAUUUGCAUAAAAACAAUUUCUCCGGUGGUAUACCAAGUGAUAUUGGUUUUCUGAAGAACGUGAUAGAUAUAAACCUAUCGGAGAAUCAGCUUUCGGGAACCAUUCCUAUAUCCAUUGGAGAAUUAUCCAAAUUAGGCGCACUCGAUCUCUCUCUAAAUAGGCUGUCUGGAAACAUUCCUAGUUCACUAUUAAAGCUACCUUCUCUAACAUUUUGUCGAUUGUCAGAUAACAAACUUACAGGCAGCAUAUCAUCGUCAUCGAUUGGUGGUACUGGCCUUUACAGAUUGUACCUUGAAAACAACAUGUUAACAGGAGAGAUACCGGACAGUAUUGGCAAUCUUACAAGUCUUGGAGAUUUGUCAUUGAAAAACAACCGUUUUACAGGUAAGAUUCCUUCGAGUUUCGGCAACCUUACGAAUAUUUAUGAAAUUGAUCUAUCCAGAAAUGGAUUAUCUGGUCCAAUUCCUUCUGAACUGGUUAAGCUAAAAUCACUGCAAAUACUAGAUUUGUCAUUCAACCCAUUGAAUCUUGUGAACAUACCAACUUGGUUGUCGAAAAUGAAACAACUUCAGCGAUUAUAUUUAGCUGGAACUGGGUUAGUCGGGGAACUCCCUGAAUGGUUAACUACAAUGGGUGUGACGUAUCUUGAUCUAUCGAGUAACGCCUUAGCUGGGGAGUUGCCAAUAUGGAUAGGAAACAUGCAAAGUUUAUAUUCCCUCAAUCUAUCUAACAAUGGUUUCCAUUCAACUAUACCAAUUGAGUUCAAGAACCUUGUCGGUGUAAUGGAGCUUGAUCUUCACUCGAACAACUUCACCGGUGGAUUAGAAUCCAUCUUUGAGAAAAAAUUUAAUGUUAUGGGAUACACUAUUCUUGAUCUUUCAAAUAAUACGUUUGCUGGUCCUAUUGGGGAGGAUAUUGGAAACCUGGAUAUCAUGCAGUUCACUGAAACAUUGAUAUUAUCUAAUAAUCCUUUUGGAGGAUCCAUACCAAAAUCUCUAGGGAAUUUGAAUAGCUACCUGCAGACCUUAAAGCUUGAAAAGAAUGGGUUAACGGGGGAGAUACCAGCUGAGCUAAGCAAUGGCAAUUUGGUUUCAAUCGUGCUAUCAAAUAACAACCUUACCGGUGGUAUACCUUCAGGGUUAAUAAACUUGACAUGGCUUAAAGAAUUGGAUGUGUCAAAUAACAUGUUGACAGGGGAAAUUCCUCGUCACAAUGCAACAUUUCCUCCAGCUUCUUUUGAGGGCAACUCUGGCCUGUGUGGCCCCCCACUUCCUCCUUGUAAGGCUGCCUAAUACAGUAAAAACUCCAUAUAUUAAUAAUCUUGGACUUUAUAAAAUUAUUAAUAUAUGGAGUUUAUUAAUAUAUGGAGGUAUAUCAAAAAAAAAGAUAAAUAAUAUAUUGAAAAUAUAUCCUAUUGAAUAAUAUAUCCUAUUAGGAAUUUUUAAAGUUUUGUGUACACUAUAAAUAGUACUAGAUAUAUUAGAAAAUAAUUCAUUAUUUUUAAUAUUCUCUUCUUCUCAACUAAAUCAAAAUGUCCCCCAAUGUUAGGAAAAGAACUCAUCUGAGUGAUAAAAUUCGUAUAGAAUUGUGUGAAAAGAAAAAAUCACAUCCA